GUAAACUAACGGUUGUUGUGUUUCUUGCCACAUGCCAUACCAGCCACACUCUCUAGAGGCCGCCCCGCAUACAAAGUGUUGAACGGAAUUUUUGGGAAAAAAAAUAUACAGAUAAUAAAAUUUGAGUGCAUUUACAGGAUAACUCUCCAGCGAGAUAUAUCUCGCCGAUAAACUGUAAAAUUGUGUGUGUUUGUUGUGUGCGAAAAUCGAAGGGAUUUACGGAUAUUUUUCAUAAACAAAAUCGGGCUUCGUUGAUUCUGCUUGUGAUUCGAUUUUGGGUCUCUCGCGACGCUCGGGCAACCGACACCCAUUCCAUGCCGCUAUUAUCACCGUCUCCGGGCUCCACUCUCGUACUCUCUCUCUGUGCAAAUUGUGCCACAUAGAAUAUCGCGAAAUUGAACACACCGCUGGUCACGCAUCUAGCAGCCGCUCCACAUUAAAAACAGCAAAACAGCAGACCAAGAUUUUCUAAUUAAAUUAAGAGAGUGAAAAAUACCAGCACGCAAGAACAGCACCACCGUUCUGCUAUCCCCAUCCCCGGCUCUUAAUGCAAACAAUCAGCACAGAAAUUAAAUAUUUAAAUAUUUGUUUAUGGGGAAAUUGUGCGGCAUUUUAAAUUAGGACGCUCAAACGGAACCUCCAGUACCAGUGUGCCAGUGCCAGUGUUUGUAUCUGUGUGUGCCCCGUGCCACAGUGCCGCAGUGUCAGUGUGUAUGUGUGUGCGUGUCGCAGCAGGAAAAGCCAUAAAUAAAGCUAAGCACACAUAAACAAAUAAAAACACACGCAGAAACGCAUACGCAUAGAGAGUGUUGGGUCAAAGACCGACCGUAGGAACAAAAAACAAAAAAACAAAAACAACUAGACGGGAUUACUGUAAGAGGCCACACUUGUCGUCGAUAGCAAUUAAAACAGACGUCCGACCAGGCCAAAUAGCCAUCAGCUAUAAAUUUGCAACGCCCCAGGAAAAUGCAUUGCAGCAAAACAAGCAAUUAAAUCGGAGAAGGUCCCCGCCCCCCCCUCCGUAAACCCCACGUAGCACCCGUAACCGAACACGGGAUACCAGGACCAAGGACCAAGGACCAACGACCAGGUCCUGCUGCUGUGCUAUAAACCUAUUUUGAAUAAUUAAAAUUCCGUAAGUGCUGCAGUCGAAGAAGUUGGCCAGAAGAACAAGAAUAAGUUGUUGCAGCAGCAAGAAGAAGGAAAAGUAGUCGGUAGCAGCCACACAGUAGCAACAAAACGUAAGGCAGCAGCGGGCCAGGUGGCCAAGCAGGAGUCCAUUCUUGCAGCACAAUCUGCGGCCGUGCAAAAUCGUGUGCAGCAAUGAAAUAAUUAAUUCAAUGCACCUGACUAAGCCUUGUGGCAGCAACAAGAGAAGCAGCAGCAGUAGCAGCAGCAGCAACCAAGGAGGCACCAUUCCCAAUACAUUCCAUUCCAACAAAAGCAGCAACAAAAUGGCGGGGAUAACGCGAACAAUUAGCCAACAAAGACACCAUAUCCACCAGAGGAUCCUGGCCCACACACUGCUCCUGGCCGUUGCAGCCAUCGCUUUGUUGCAACUGCAGAACUUGGAGAGCGUGUCUGCCCAAAGCAUGAUGACGAAGAACGAGCCCAUGUUUAUAUCACGUUCAGAGACCUUCAAGUUCAUCACCGGCGAGACAAUAGUGCUGCCCUGCGAAGUGGCCAAUACGGACACCUAUGUUGUGGCCUGGAAGCGGGGCAUUGCCAUAUUAACUGCUGGUUCCGUGAAAGUGACGCCCGAUCCACGCGUGCGCCUGGUCAAUGGCUUCAACCUGCAGAUACGUGAGGCCCUGCCAACGGAUGCCGGCGAUUAUAUUUGCCAAAUUGCCACGAUGGAUCCACGGGAAAUCACACACACUGUCGAGAUAUUGGUGCCACCGAGGAUUCAUCACAUUAGCACCGGCGGACAUUUGCAAGUCAAGAAGGGCUCCUCGGUGCGCAUCGAGUGCUCGGCCACUGGUAAUCCAAUGCCGAAUGUGACCUGGAGCCGCAAAAAUAAUAUUUUGCCCAAUGGCGAGGAGAAGCUCCACUCGCACGUCCUCUCCAUCGAGAACGUGGACCGGCACAAGGGCGGCGUCUACAUAUGCACGGCGAACAAUCGCGUCGGCCAGCCCGCCUCCAGCCAGGUGGUGCUCCAUGUUCUAUAUUCGCCAGAAAUCGCAGUAGAGCGUCCCGUUGUCUUCUCGGGAGAAGGACACGAGGCCAUGCUGGUCUGCAUCGUCCAUGGCGAAACACAGCCUGAGGUAAUUUGGUUCAAAGACACCAUGCAACUGGAUACCACAGAGCGGCACAUCAUGGAGACGCGCGGAUCCCGGCACACGCUGAUUAUACGCAAAGUGCAUCCGCAGGACUUUGGCAACUACUCCUGUGUGGCGGAGAAUCAGCUCGGAAAGGCACGCAAGACCCUGCAGUUGAGCGGAAAACCGAAUGUAGCCGUUUUUAAUUCACCGCCAAUCAGUCAGUACAAGGAAAGAUACAACAUCUCCUGGGCAGUCGACUCGCAUUCACCCAUCGAGGAGUACAAGCUGUCCUACCGCAAGCUGCCACAAGGACAUGAGGUCGUUGGCAAUGCCAUUGACUCGCAAUCCUCUUCGUCGUCGUUGUCGUCAUCGCAGUCCUCGUCCUCCUCCUCCUCCUCGUCGCAGAUGUACGGCUCUGGUCUCCACUCGCAUCACAUUGGCAGCAACAUGGGAGGUGGCGGCGUCUCUGGCGGAGUUGGGCAAAUGGGCAGCUAUGCCGGCUACGGCAAUCUGAUGCACUGGGGACGCAACGACUGGCGCAAUGUGGUCCUGCCGGCCAUGCCCGUGUCGCAUCACUAUUCGCAGGGCAUGAGCUACAUGGUACGCGGCCUGGAUCCCGAUCAGCACUACGAGGCCACCGUGCAGUCCAGGAAUCGUUACGGCUGGAGCGAUCUCACCAACAGUUUUGUCUUCUCCACAUCAUCGAAUGAUGGACCUGUCGAUCUGUCCACCUUUUUGAAUCACGGUCUGUCAGAUAACGAGAUGCGCGAUCUGAGUGUCACCUUCUAUGGGAGCAGUGCCAUCAACAGGCAAAAACUGGGACUCCUGGCCCUCAGCUCGGCCACGCUGAUCCUCAGCCUUGUACUGGCCUAAAUUCGAUUAUAAUUUGCUUUCGAUUUAAGUUACGGAUCUCACCGCCAAUAGCAAAGUAAAACGUAUCGUUUGGGAUUUUGUUUUUGCGAGCUGCAGCAGCAGCAGGAUACACUCUAGUCGUAAAUGGUAGCCUAAGGAAAGAUAUAUAUAUACACAUAUACCAUAUAUGUAAACGUAAUUAUAGACAUUCCUGCUACGAUUUCUCCAUCUUCAAUUCAAGAUUCUCAAGCAAACAAAACAAAAACAAAACGAAAAAAAAAACCAAAAAAGGAAAUCCAAUUUCAAAUUUAAAUCAUGACUAACCAAAACGGAAUAAGGAACCAUACAUUCUACGUGUAACAAUCAAUGUAAAAGAGCAUAGAACUGUUCAAACUAGGAACCAUUUAUGCGUACGGCAACUAACCAUAUGAAUACACCCAUACACCCAUACACUCAUACACUCAUACACUCAUACUUGCAGACCAUUCAGAGCAGAGCACUCAGAAAAUCCAAGUGUAAAUAGAUUUUAUCCGACAUACUUUUAGGAUUAAGCUGCACCAAAGAAAUAAAAUAAUAUAAUAUGCAUAGGUAUGCAUGCACAUAUAUAUAUGUAAUUGAUCGAUCGGCCAGUUGACC